GAGAAUCUUCAAUACCAUGUAGCACAUGCGGAACACCAUGUGUUUUACGGACUGCUAACACGGCAAAUAACAGGGGAAGAAAGUUUUACUCAUGUCCAUCUCAAGAAUGCAACUUCUUUGUAUGGGAGGAUAGCCUUGGUGAUGAUGCGGGAGGAAGAAGUGUUCCACGUGCAAAUGGAAGUAGGUCGGCAUCUAAUCCUGGCAGGAGAGGUGGCCGUGGCAGAGGUGGCCAGGGUCGGGGACAUGGCCCUGACAUGAUGUUUGUGUCAGCCACUGGAGAUCCUAUAUCCGGUAGAAGGUGUUUUGCCUGCGGUGAUCCUUCACAUUUUGCCAAUGCCUGCCCAACUCGUGGUGCCUGAGUUGCAUCAGUUGAUUAAGAAGCUCUAAUGUUGAACAGACAAGCUUAGCAUCCAAUACUUCGGUAUUGAUUUCAGUAAAUAUUUUUGUAAAUUACUACUAAAUACUGAGAGACUGUCUUUUUCUUUUCUGGCUAUAUAUAUAUAUAUUCAUUUGACUGUAGAUUAGACGUAUGACAUACCUCUGAGUUUUGC